UUUCAAAGUCACCAAAGCUAUCAUUUUAUUUAACUUAUUGAUCAAGCACAGGCUAAUAUUCAGUCCUUUCAGCCUAGAAGGGUUACCCUAAGACUCAAGAAAGCCACUUGAGCGACACUGUCUGUCAUUAAGUGGCGUACCAAAGAAGUAUAUAUACUGGUCGAGUCAGGGCUCAUGAGAACUGUAAUGGAAAUUGGUGGCUUCAAGUGACGUUAGUUGGAGUUCUCUAUUUUCCCCAUGUUAACUGUCAUAGACAGGCUUUUAACAGUAACACUCAUCGUAUGAGAUUUCGGGAGUUGAUAAUCUACCAGGAGAUUCUACUAUGGACUUAGAAUACGCAGAUGUAGUUACGUUUGGUAAGGACGCUAAAAAACCCAGGAUCUUCUGAAUAUCUUAAACAACAGUAAUAACAUGUUUCAGAUGCGGUUCUCUCCAUUUAAAUGCAAAAUGUUGCUUUAAGACGGGUCUUCAUCAACCCCUGAACUAAGGAUAGGGAGUCAAGUAGUUGAGUGCGUCGACCAUUUUAUUUAUUUCAAAAGUCCGAUCAGCCCUAUUGGGUUGAUACUUGAUGAAAUUUCGACACAAAUCCAAAACUGUUGCCGUUUGCCAACUUGCAUCACUUAUAAAGUAGAUGAGAUAUCCGUCCACUAACCGAAGAACAAGUUUGCUGCUCAGUAGUUCCCUGUGUUUUACCACAUUUGUUUGAAACAUGACCAUUAAGAAUAGAGGAUAUUCGUUUGUUACCAGUAUUCGACUAUAGGUUUCUUUGAAGCAAUGCCCGGGUUAGUGAUAGAAUAUUAGGUAGGAAUGCAAAUCUAUUGAUGAGGUAAUCUUUUUCGGUUAAGAUGGUCAGAACAGAAUAUGUAUAGUCGUCCACCUACUACGUUGAGAUGCGAUAAUUUCUAGUGUAGGAGUAGACUGGAAAGAAAUUGGGAAUGUUCAGACCAAAAAACGGUAUCAGUCCAUGAGUAUGUUGACUUUUAAACUGGGUCAUGUUAGCAGGUGCACACUACCUAGUUGUGGUCUACGUGAUUAUCGUAACCAGUGGUUAGAGGCUUUGGGUGACAUGGCUCAGGAUCGUUCGCAGUAAUCCAGGUGCCUUCCUUUGGGUCAUUAGCUGCUAAAUCACUUUUUAAAUUGUUUUUGUUCCACUAAUCUAUAUUUUCUGGGAUCGUAUCUUCGAUGCCUAAUCUCUUUUAUCACCACUAAUACUGUUACUACGUCUACUACUCUGUUAUUCCCCCCUGACAAUUUUAUUCCACUGUCCCAGUGGAGUAUGGCAAUUUGAUCUGUUGCACAUAUGUUCUAUAUUGCAUAUGACGGACUAGCUAUUAAAUGUCAUCUCGAAGCAUGAUGUCAACUACCUGUAUAUAUUUAUCUAUGUGAAUUUAAUUCUUACCAUCGCAGCAGUUUUCAUAUAAUUGUUUCUUAGCUCUAAAAUUGUCUGGGAAAGCCAAGUUAUGAAUAUAAGCUGAACGGUACGAGUAGUUGCAGUAAAUUAGAAUUCGUUGGUUCAUUCAAGAAAAUCCCAUGCAGAUUCGUCUAAAAACAUCUUCGUCAGCUACGCUCAUUAACAAUAUCAAUUGAAAUAUUCAAAAGAACUAGCAAGAGAUAAGAUUGAAAAUAUGCAUUUGUCAACAAAAGAAUCUCAUCAUGUUUUGUCUGAGGAGAAUAACCAGUUCACUCAAAAAGACUAUAGUGAUGACCAUCCAAUAAAUGAUGACCAUCAGACAGUCGUCGUUGGUGGUAUAUUCAGUCCUGUGUCCAAUCUGUAUGAAAAGAAAGGUCUCCUACCAGCUUCUAUACGCGUCGAGCUUACACGAUUAGCCUGUAUUUCUGCAUCCGACUGGUUGGCCGUAAGCAAUUGGGAGUGUUCACAAUCAAGUUGGUUAAGAACUCGAGUGGUCUUAGAUCACAUUUAUAGUGUCUUGAAUAAUACGUACUCGAAUUUAAGUAACAAUGACGAAACCGAAAUUGACUCAGUUCCAAGAAAAAAGACUUGCUUCGCACCAAGCAAUUUUUAUCCCACUGAUCGUUUAAUUAAUGAAGACCACGAACAAACGAAACUUUCAUCACUAGAAGGCAUGGCGACUGACCUCUGGCUUAAGAGUUGCUUUCAUCUUGACUCUCUUAUUGAUGUUAGUAACAUAAAAUGUAGCGAAAAUCAAGUACAUAAUGCUAAUGAUGAUCAUUUCAACAGCAAUCUCUUCACUUCAUUAUCAUCUGUAGAUAGAUCAUGUUACUGUCGCAAAAACAAUACCUCAAACGUUUUGCUAUCAAAGCCUUGUGUGAAAUUAGUUUGUGGUGCUGAUCUUCUGGAAUCAUUCAAAACUCCAAAUUUGUGGUCAGCAGAAGAUAUUGAAACGAUCGUUCGUGACUAUGGUAUAAUUUGUAUUAGUCGACCUUCAUAUGAGCCUUUAAAAAUUAUCAAUGAAUCAAAAAUUUUGGGAAAAUAUAAGGAUAAUAUAAGUUUAGUGAUAGACAAUUGUCAGAAUUCACUAAGCUCUACUUUCGUACGUCAUGCUUUAUCAAAUGGUAAAAGUGUACGUUACCUCGUUCCAGAUCGUACUUUGGAAUAUAUUUAUACACAUAAAUUAUAUGAUGCCAAAAAAAGAUGUGUUAAUUUACUUGAAUCGAAGACUAGAACAGAAGUACAACACUAAUUACCAAAGAUUUCAUGGUGCAUUUUUCAAACAGUUGAAUCAUUUGAUUAUUCUUGACAACAUAAAAUUGUAAAUACACCUUGAUAUACGUAUAUUACUCAUGUUGAUUGGAUUAAAUUUCUUGAAAUUAUGCAAUUACUUCAUUUUAUGAUUCUAUCCUGUAAAAUGAUCUACUUAUCACGCUAUCAUUUGAAAUAAACUUAUACAAUUAAUUUGCUACUCA